AUGACCGAGGACAAGCCGCAGACACCACAGGCGCUUCAGCCGGCCACACAAGAGGCACAGACCCAAUUUCUUUCGGAUGUUAUCUCUACCUACCGCCCGAUAAAAUCAUUCAAGGGCUCUAAACCAGAUACCCCCAACUACGUGACUUCCCUCGAUUUCGAUGAUACAGGCGAUUUCUUAGUUACUGCUGGCGACGAUGACGUCAUCCAGAUCUAUGAUGUUAAAGAGGGCAAGCCGAAGAAAUCAGUUCCAAGUAAGAAGUAUGGUGUCCACCUUGCUCGAUUCACGCACCACCAACGCCAGGUUCUCCACGCAAGUACAAAAGUUGAUAACAGCUUGCGGUUGCUGGAUCUUCAUAAUGAAGGCUACAUUCGGUACUUUACCGACCAUACGGAUACAGUAACCAGCUUGGCUUUGGCACCUUCGGCGGACCAUUUCGUUUCUGCUGGCAAGGACGAUACAGUCACGGUCUGGGACCUGGCAUCCCGUAAUGCACAGGGGAAGCUAAAACUUGCAACCCCUUACUUAGUUGCAUUUGACCCCUCUGGAUCGGUGCUUGCCGUCGGCUCCCAAUCCACAUCAUCUGUUCUUCUCUAUGAUUUCCGAAAUUAUGACAAAGCACCAUUCGCGACCUUCGACUUGGGUCCAUUUGAGGAAGUCCAUACACCAAAUACCAAGGGCCGUGCUUGGACACGUUUGGAAUUCUCCAACGAUGGGAAAUUCCUGAUGGUGGGAACUGACUUCCACGGUCAUUUUGUUUUGGAUGCAUUCGAUGGAUCUCUCAAGGCUUUUCUUGCUGGCAAAGGCGGCUCACCUGGCCGUGCUGCUCCGCUAUCCACAACUGGAAAGCCUCGCGGGCAAGGCGAUGCAAGCUUCACACCUGAUGGCCGUUACGUUAUCGGUGGUAAUGGAGAACGGUCAGGGGUGCUUGUGUGGGAUCUUCAUCAGCAAAUCCAGUCCAACGACCAGUUGUAUCCCAUGGAAACACUUCCAAACAGAACCCGAACUUCUCUUAUCGAGUACAAUCCCCGCUACAAUAUGCUCGUUAGUGCCGACAAAGAGACCGUUUUAUGGCUUCCUGAUGAGCCUUCGAAAGCAUCAGAGAAGUAG